GGCGGCAUGGCGGAGAGCGAAGCGGAGACCCCGGGCACCCCGGGCGAGUUCGAGAGCAAGUACUUUGAGUUCCAUGGCGUGCGGCUGCCGCCCUUCUGCCGCGGGAAGAUGGAGGACAUCGCCGACUUCCCAGUGCGGCCCAGCGAUGUGUGGAUCGUCACCUACCCCAAGUCUGGUACAAGCUUGCUGCAAGAGGUGGUCUACUUGGUGAGCCAGGGUGCCGACCCUGAUGAAAUCGGCCUCAUGAACAUUGACGAGCAGCUGCCGGUGCUGGAGUACCCACAGCCCGGGCUGGACAUCAUCAAGGAACUGACAUCCCCUCGUCUCAUCAAGAGCCACCUCCCCUACCGCUUCCUGCCCUCUGACCUCCACAAUGGCGACUCCAAGGUCAUCUACAUGGCUCGCAACCCCAAGGACCUGGUGGUCUCUUACUACCAGUUCCACCGCUCGCUGCGGACCAUGAGCUACCGAGGCACCUUCCAGGAGUUCUGUCGGAGGUUCAUGAACGACAAAUUGGGAUAUGGCUCCUGGUUUGAGCAUGUUCAGGAAUUCUGGGAACACCGAAUGGAUGCAAAUGUGCUUUUCCUCAAGUAUGAAGACAUGCACCGGGACCUGGUGACCAUGGUGGAGCAGCUGGCCAGAUUCCUGGGUGUGUCCUGCGAUAAGGCCCAGCUGGAGUCCUUGAUCGAGCACUGCCACCAGCUGGUGGAUCAGUGCUGCAAUGCUGAGGCCCUGCCUGUGGGCCGGGGAAGAGUCGGGCUGUGGAAGGACAUCUUCACUGUCUCCAUGAACGAGAAGUUUGAUCUAGUGUAUAAACAGAAGAUGGGGAAGUGUGACCUCACGUUUGACUUUUAUUUAUAAUACCGGAAUCCACGAACUUGCAUGCUCACGGUCCCCAGACGCUCUACUAGCUAAAAGUCCUGUUUGCGUUCAUUUAUUCCUUGCUGGACACACUUCCGGAAGCUGCUUGGAAACAGCAGGGGGUCGAGCCUGGUGGAGAGAACCGAGGAGUGAGAGGAUGCUGUCUACAGCAGCUGCCUGGCCCGUAGCAUUCGAGUCUCCACGUGGCGGCCAUACCACAUGCACAGGCUGCGCAGAUGUCUGCCCUGUACCCCGUGUUAUGCACUGUAUUUUAUAGCGCUUUUCACUGAAAAUCGAAAUAAAUAUCUGUCAGCCAAACGCAAGUCCAUUCCCAAGGGGAAGCAGGAGCCAGCAGCCAGCUGCGCCAGACACUAGGAAGCUCUCAGGGGUCACUGUAAUUUUUGUAGUCUUUUCUCUAGGCACAGCCAGCCUACCUUGUUCUGAGACGGGUUGUGGGUAGCUGGAGAGGCGGGUGUAGCCUGUGGAGUUCAGUCUUCUGGAACCAUCCUGAUUCCAAGUCAGGACCUGUCUCAAGCUGUUUUCAGAAACACCUCUAAGCAAGCAGCUCUCCGCCCAGUAUGGAAGAGCCCAAGGAACGAUCCGGCGGGGAAGCUGGCCCAAGGCUGCCGAUGGCAUCUGAAGGCACUGGUGAUAUGUGAAGAGUCAGGCUGCACCAAGAAUUAGUAUCUUCCACAGCCUUCACUUGCCUCCCAGGGCAGUGACUGACACACUCCUGCGGGCAAGAGAUAGGACACAGCAUGGUUCUAAAGUCCCUAGUCAGUUGCUCUAGUGUCUCUUCUACCGGGGCCAAGGCUCUCACCCAGGAGACCCAGUCUGCAGGUUGACUGUCCUUUAUGCAAAAGGAUUGGCAAGGCCACCUGUGUGAGUGGGCACCCUAGCCCUCAAGAGUGUCUGAGGGAGCCAUGGUCCUGUGUGCUAUCCACCCCCACAGGCUCGAAUUUGACCAGAUGAGUGGUGAUACCAGGAGAUUGAUGCUUGUGGGGACCAACUUGCUCUGUUACUUACCAGGUUGGGAAGAGUCUAACGUGGUAGUGGGAGGCUCUGGCUGUGGCAAGGGGCCUGCUGGGGGCCGCCUCUGAAGGUCUGGUUAUAGUGGUGUUACCUCUGCCCAGAGAGAAGCUUGUGUGGGCCUGGUGCAUGGUUCUCUGGGGCGGGCACGGCAGCGCCUUUCCUGUGUGUCUGGGGAGGAAGGCUGCUUUCUGUGAAAUUUUCUUUCUAUUUUUCUAUUUUUAGUACUGUACGGAUGUUCUGGAACCACACU